ACUUCAUCGUGAUGUUAAACUAUUGAAUAUUUUAGUUAAACAAGAUCGUAUUACAUUUAAACUUUAUGAUUUUGGUAUAUUUAGUCAAUUAACAAAUUCAGUUGCACAUACAAUGAUGAAAGGAACACAACCUGAAAGAAUUGAUGCAACUCAAGCACCUAAAGGUUAUGGUAUAUGA